ACCCCUUCUUCUUGGUGCGCGCCGCGUUCCGCUACAUAAGGCGGAGCCGCUUGCGCGCCGGUUCAAGGAAGGCAAGCCAGGCGCGGAGCAGAGCGCAGGAGCGAAACUUCCUAGCCUUUUGCCCGUUCUGAUGGCUUCUCCUCCCAAGAAGGCUGCAGUGAUUGUGGAUUUCGGAAAACCCAAAGACAAAAUGAAGGCUUUAUGGACUCUCAUGGCACUCCUGCUCUUGCCGCCCGAGACUCUCGCCGCCCGGGUAUCCCGGACACGGAGAGAGCUGGCUCCGGGAUUGCACGAGCGUGGGAUCCGAGAUGCUGGAGGUUCUUACUGUGAGCAUCAGGACGCUUGCUGCCACGGCAGAGACGAUGGAUGCACGGUGCCUUACCUUGACACCAUCUGCUACUGCGACCUUUUCUGCAACCGCACGGUCUCAGACUGCUGCCCAGAUUUCUGGGAGUACUGCUUGGGAAUCGAGCCUCCGUUCCCUGUCCAGCGAGUUUGCAUCCGUAAUGGACACAAGUUUCCCACGGGGGCAACCUACCGAGAGAAUUGUAACCUCUGCACUUGCUACGCCAACGGGCAGUGGAACUGUGAAAACCACGCUUGCCUCAUCAACGCUGAUAUGGUGGAUGCCGUGAACAGAGGGAACUACGGAUGGAGGGCAUCGAACUACAGCCAAUUCUGGGGCAUGACCCUGGAGGAGGGAAUCCACUACCGCCUGGGCACCAUCAAGCCGCCCACCUCUGUGAUGAACAUGAAUGAACUCCAGAUGAACAUGGAGGCCAACGAAAUCCUGCCCCAGCAUUUCAACGCUGCCAACAAAUGGGCUGGGAUGAUUCAUGAGCCGCUGGACCAGGGGAACUGUGCGGGAUCCUGGGCCUUUUCUACGGCAGCGGUGGCCUCAGACCGGAUCUCCAUCCAUUCCAUGGGGCACAUGACGCCUGCCUUGUCCCCCCAGAACCUCCUCUCGUGCAACACCCGCCACCAGCAAGGCUGCAACGGAGGGCGAGUCGAUGGGGCCUGGUGGUACCUGCGCAGGAGAGGAGUGGUGACGGACGAAUGCUACCCCUUCACCAGCCAGGCGAAAGAAGGAUCCCCCCCUGCACCCCCUUGCAUGAUGCAGAGCCGAUCCACGGGGCGAGGGAAGCGGCAAGCCACGGCGCGGUGCCCCAACCCACGAUCCCACUCCAACGAUAUCUACCAGUCGACCCCUGCGUAUCGCCUCUCCUCGGACGAAAAGGAGAUAAUGAAGGAAUUAAUGGAGAAUGGACCAGUGCAGGCCAUCAUGGAGGUCCACGAAGACUUCUUCAUGUAUCGAGGUGGGAUUUACCGGCAUACGCCUGUCGCUGCCUGGAAGCCGGAAAACUACCGACGGCACGGCACUCACUCCGUCAAACUCACAGGGUGGGGAGAAGAACGCAUGCCUGAUGGGUCAAAUCAGAAAUAUUGGAUCGCCGCCAACUCUUGGGGCAAAGACUGGGGGGAGCACGGCUACUUCCGCAUCGCCCGCGGGGCCAACGAAUGUGACAUCGAGACCUUUGUGGUGGGUGUCUGGGGCCGGGUCGGGAUGGAAGACAUGCACCACCACAAGAAAUGAAGAGGCCCGAGCCUCCCUGGCUCCACCAGACCUAACUUCUGCACCUCCGUUGCCCGCUGUCUUUCAAUUCUCUGAGAAGUCUGGGAUCUGGGAUUAACCCCUAAGACCAUCGUACAGUGAACUGCAACUUCUGUCUGCAUCUCCUGGAGGAACAAAGCUCAGUCGUAUGUUGGAGGCUGUGCCAAAGAGGAUGAAGCCAAAAAAACAUACCCUAGAUGUCCCAGGUAUAAAGGGCUUGUUGACUCUUCCUUGGAAGAUUCUCGCAACCCCCCCAAAAAAUAGCUACUGAGGGGGAGGUUUUGUUGCUUUGGAAAGGACCAACGGACACUGUCCAGUGUGACACCUUGCUUUUCCACCUAUCGCAGUUAUCCCACACGCUCUCACCCAGAGCGUGGCCUACAGGCAUCCAGAUCAAACAAGACCUGUCAACCAAGACUGCCUGAGCAGUGGCUGGAGCUGGGGUGAGCUUCACAACAAAGCCCAUCAGCCUCUGUUUUUCUAGGAGGGGGCCAAUCCUCUCUUGCGUACUUCACCAGCUCCUCAUCAUGAAGCCAUUUUGACAGUGUUGUUGCCUUCAGCCUGACGGUGCUUAAAUGUCUUUAACAAGGAAGGGGAGGCCCUUACAGUGGACGUGUUUGGAGUCAACCUUAUGUUGUUGGCUUCUUUGGGCCAAACUCUUUUGGAUCUCAGGUGGCCUGGGGAUCUCACACUAGCUGCUUCUCCUCACACGUCCGCACACACACACACACCCCAUUCCCGUGGAGGCCACUCAGAAACCACCAGGCCUUGUAAUCUACUGUGCAUUCACUGCGUCUCACAAACACCCACAAAGGUUCUCUUUCCCAAAGCCGUUUUGUACGGACAUUGCUUUCCCAUAGUUUUUCCAAUUUUCCAUCUAAAGAUUUCUCUGCAUCUCGUGCCUAGAAAUCUGGAAUUACAAGUCCCAAUACCAGCUGAUGCAGGGUUUAUUUUGAGGAGCCGUUUUCGACAACUGGUGAAGUGGGCUCCCAUCAUGUUGGACGGGUCAAUCCAGAAAGAAAUACACCCAUAAUAUAAAGAAGCGGCUAGAAAGAUGGUGAGUUUUCCUAGAUACCAAGCAGGUGCAAAAUUUUGGAAUAUAUACAUUUGAUCGGUGUGGCUCACUGCUGAAAGGGUUAAAAAAAGCUAUGGGUAUAGAGGCAUGUGGUUCCAGUGUGGUGUUGUGGAUAGAGUACCGGAUUACGACUCAAUCGACCUGGGUUCAAAUCCUUGCCAUGACACUGGUCAAGCUUCUUCUUAAGUAUCCGACAUACCUUGAAAUCUAGGGUCUCCACAAGUCAACUUAACAACACAGAACAAAGUAGCUGAUAAUUCCCAACGACCACUAUUAUGAAAGGUUAUCUAUAUAUUUAUAUACAUCGCUAUAGAUAUAGGUAUAGACAUAUAGAUAUAUAGAUAGAUAUAUUGAAAGAACUUAGACUGGCAUAUGAUAGAAGCUUUUUCUCCCGUGGUGUCAACACUUAUGCUAUUGGUCCAGGAAUCCACUUUGACCAAAUGGACUUGACAGCUUGUUGACACAUGAUCAGAAAUACGGGAAGAAGAUGGAGAAGCACGUUCUAAGAAACAUCCGACAAACUGAAACCAGCAGCUCUCAGGCUGGGAUCAUCAAAAACGCACUCAAUAUUCUUUGCAAAUCACCAAGCUGAAUUUUUUCCCCCCAGAUCCUACAAGGCAGAGCAGUUGGUCUGAUGCAAGAUGACACAGCAUCAGGUUGACUGGAAAAUAUUGGGACUGUUAUACUAAAUGGGGAGAAAUUCCGGCACGGGGUUGCUGUUUUCCUGAUCAUGUCAUGUUCUUCCAGAAGAAAAUGGUGCAUUUUUCCCUUGUUCUCCAUGGACAAUGAAUGCUGCAUAACUGGGAUGUGAUGUUCUGGUUAUUUUGUAUGACUGAUACCAUGAUUCUCCGUUCAAGGAGUUCUAUCGACCUUAAGAUGCUUUGCAGGCAACUGAAAGUCGCUCACCUGGGAUAAAAAGGCCUAAACUGCAAGGCCUAGCUCUGCCCAGGUUUCCUCUUCCUGCCCCAGGGCUUGCUGGGAAAUGUCUUUCUAAGCAGGAAGCUUGGGCAGAGCUAGGCCUAGCUAAACCUCAAAGCCUUCCUAUUUAGGCCUUUCUUUGAGGCGAGCCACAUUUAGGUGUUUUGUAAAGUGCCUGUAAGAUAGGUAGAACUCCCAAAACGAAGAACGAUGGGCAUGGUAUUCCAAAAUCUUCAGAAAUCCUGUCUCUAUGUCACACCAUCUACAGUUGUCUGUAAGACACAGACACGUCCUUACACCUGUCUCCCGCCGAGGAAAAAUCAGCUAGAGUAUGCCCCCAUCGGUACACCACCAUUUCUCCUCUCUUCGAAAUGCAAAAAAUAGCAGGGAAUAUUUGUCCCUUUUCUGUGUCCCACAUUCUUGGAAAAACCCGUGUUAUUUUUUUUUCCCAUUUCCCCUCGUGAGGUCUGUUCCAAACAGUGUUUUGCUGACAAGAGAUCAGUGCAUCAGCCCAUGUAUUAUCCGAAUUGAUGGCAUACAUGCCACCACCCCCCCAAACCCUGCAGCCCUGGUGUUGUUCUGCCCCAAACAGAGAGCCACUUACUUCUCUUUCUGUUGGGUUUUAACUCAUGUCCCGGGACUUAUUGUACAGGAUGUGGGGGUCUUUGGGUGCUUAAUUCCACCCCGGCUUAGCAGGCCUAUUGUUGGGAACUUGGUGCUAUUGAAAGGGGGUUUAGCCGGACGUCAUGUCUGGUUUGGUCAGUUUUUGCAAGCUUCACAAGUGUCCGUGUAAACACUGAGCGGCCCCCAUUCAUGUGAAAGAAGCUGAGCGAGAAAGCAUACAUGAAAGCCGACCACGCUAGUGCAAGACCAAUAGGGCAGGACUGGGGAAUAUGUGCCUCUGCCUGUAGUCCUUGCACAGACACAAAAAGUAUUUUUUUCCAAGACAGGAAUGCCCCAAACUGUGGCUUUUCACACUUAUCCUCUGCCUUCUCUCUCUGCCUUCUCUACCAGCUCCCAAAUUCAUGGCAGAGUGUCUAUAUGAUUAAGGAUUUUCUGAACCUGCUUUUUUUUAUUUCGGUUCCCUGUGAGAUUUGAAAUCUGAGAGUCAGAGGAUACACUUAGCAUGUUUUUAGAAGAGGUGCUCCUUCCAACAGUGAAAGUUUUCUGCUUGGUGUAGCACAUGAUGAUUUCCCACACCAAUGUGUAUUUCGUAUAGCAUGCUUUGUUUUGUGGCUAGUUUUUUGGAAG